AAAUGUAGUUACGCAAACAAGAAACUGGUCCCUCUAAUGGAAUAGAUAUAGUUUUUAACUGUUAAUUCACACAAAACAGGGAUGCUUGAUUUCAGCUCAGGAUUGUACAGUAACUUUAUGCCCUUGUCUCGUAAGUUAUGCAACUCUUAAUGCGACGAAAGGCAAAACUGUGUUAGCAUAGUUUAGCGUUCACGGUACAGUCAGUUACGUGUUUGCUCUUGUCAGCAUUAACCUUCGAACCUCAGCUAGACAUGUAGUUUACACUGAUGUAAAUGGUUGUUCGUCUAAUAACGUGUUUCGCCUUCCCGUCCAUCUCAGGGUGAUACAAAUCCUAAAGGAGAAUGCCGAUCCGAGCUCAGUGCAUCAUUUGCUCGGAUUUCUUCGAUCACUCCAGGGAUGUUGCUGCUAUCCACUGCGGGCACACUUUUCACUAUGAAUGGUAAUUCAUUGAUUCACAACAAACCUCACAUCUUUACUGUUCUUCAGAUGACAUGUGGCUUGUUUUCCUUUUAGUCUUCUUCAGUGGUUUCAGACGGCCCCCAAUAAAAGCUGCCCACAAUGUCGAAAACAGGUAAUGUAAAGUACUCUAAGCAUCCCAACACCACCAGACUGAUCUCUUAUAGCUCUGCAGUGACUUUAUUCAGUAGAUCUUGAAUAUGUUUUUCUUUGUGUAUAGGUCAGCACAAGACACAUUAUCAGUAAGCUGUUUUUUGACGUCGCUACAGAGGAGGAAAACUCACCGGACCCCGAAAGCCUGCAGGUACUACAUUUAGAGUAUUGAAGCAGUCUGGACUAGAACACAUGAUGUUACAUAGAUUUAUCAGUCUUAAUUGUGUGAUUUUCAUAAUCAAAUACUACAAAUUGUGCUCCUUGUCUUGAAUUCAUUGUUAUUCCUGAUUUGUGUUUCAUCUUUCCGUAGAAUGAGCUUGAUAGGGUGAAGGUGCUCUUAAGCUGUAAAGGUAAGAAAUCUAACUAUAUUCUUGUGCAGAAUUGUUUAUAGAAGGCAGCACAACUUUUUCACUUGUUUUAAUCUGUAGAACGAGACAUGCGGGACAAACAGAAGACAGUGGAGGGUUUGAAGGACAUCGUGGACAGACAGAGGAAAGAGCUGGACAGUGUGAAAAAAGAGGUUAUGGAGAAGGAGAUGCUCUCUUCUGCCCUCAGAGUAAGCUGCAUGAUCACUUUUGAUAGAAGUCAUGUUCUGUGCUGACUGACAGAAUUAUAAUGUGUUUAUUUGUUUUAUCUUCUUACAGAAACAGAUGGUAUACUUAGAGACACAACAAAAUGAUGUUCAGGCUGCCAAAGAGGAGGCUAGACGACUCCGGGUCAAAAUGAAAACAUUUGAAAGGUAAUUGUAGCAGUAACUGUCGUUUCACAUUUAGUCCUUUCGGUUGUGCCAUACUUUAUAUACCACAAUGUAUACUUUAUUGAGAGAACUUGAAAUCGUUUAAAUAAUCUUAAGUACCAUAGUGUAAGAUGUGCUUGUGUUGUGCACUCAUAGAUUGUUUUGCUCCAGUUUGGAGGUGUUGUUGCAGGGCCAGAGAGAUGAGGUGGAGUCCAUGAUCACAGAUAUGGGCAUCAGCCAGGCAGCAGUAGAGCAGCUCUCCAUCUACUGUAUUUCCCUCAAAAAGUAAGGUUCCUUAAUGACUCUGGGUAUAUGUGUCAUAUUCUCACACCAGUCUCUGUGAUUAUAUCUCCCGCUUCUUUGUUUCUAGUGAGUAUGAUAACUUAAAAGGAAGUCUAAAGUCUUCAAAUGACAUGUGUGAUAAGCUGAAGAGAGAAGUGCUCACCACAAACAAUAAGGUAACUUCAUGUUAGUCUGUGGCAUUACCCAGAGGAAUCCAUGGUUAAAUGCAAAUCCUCUAAAUCAAAACCUUUUUUUUUCUGUUGAAGUUGCAUAAAGCUUCACUGGAGGUUAAUCAAACCAAAGAUGAAAUGAAGUCUUUGCAGAAAGACCUGUCCAACGCUGACAGCGAGAUCUCUGUAAGAGAAAUUCCUCUAUUCAAGACUUGAAAUGUCAGAUAAAGUCAAGGUUGUGAUUCUUACAUGUUUGUCCAUCCACAGAGUCUGAAGAAGAAAGUGGAGUUUCUUCAGAGGACUCUCAGCACCCCGACUCGGACGAAUGAAGCCCUAAGUCGACUUGUUUUUGAAAGGUGUGUCUUCUAGUCAUUGGGCUGGAGUCCUCAUGUUUUGGCUAGUCUUGUAACUUCACAUCCCUUUGGGGAAUUUACUGACAAGUGUUUCUUUCCACUUUUAAGCCCAGCCCCAAUGGAGCUGAAGCACCCUCAAUUCCAUCAGCCAACAGACAAUGAGGAUAUUGACCUCAAUGUGACUUAUGAUGUCACCACGCCAGAUGCUGUUGCCAAGAGGUCGCCAUCGAAGGUACCAUCAAAGAAGAUGCGUCUGAACCCCUCAGGGUGAGUAAUAUGUCUGAUUGUGGGAACACUUGUUUUUGUUUCAACUGUGUUUUGUGAGGAUAUGGAGAAGAAAUAAUGCCUUUAUAUUCUUUGUUUUGUAAAAUCCUCCUCAUUUUCUGAAAUGUCAGGUCUUCUGCACCAAAACCUGUCGAGAAAAGUUCAUCUUUUAAUAAGGUAGGUUUGGAGACGUCUCUCAGCCAGAUCGAUUUUUCAGAUCAGUUGUGCAUGCCCUUCAAUAUUUUUUCUCACCUCAGGCUCAAAAGGAGGAGGGAUCAAUGGAUCCUUUUUUGAGGAACUCCCUCCUCUUCAGAAAGAAGACCUUUGGUGGCAUGUUGAAUCCACAGAGACAGCCUGGGACCGUAUGUAUUCCUGCAACUACUAAAUUAUGCUGGGCAGAAUUUCUCCUUUAAAAUGUUUGAUGACAAAAUCUUUUAUUGUUUCAGGUAAAAACUGGUUAUGAUGGCUUAGGAGGACGAACUAAAUACAUCCAACCUGUAUCCUUUUCUGUUACUUGAAAUGUACUGUGGAACAGUUUAGUAUUUAAGAAAUUUAAUAUUUAGAUCUUUUGGAGGAAGAGCUUUUAACCAGUGCAGUGUCUACUAUUCGUCUUGGCUGUUGAUAAUUUCAUUAUGAACUUCAAAAAUGCGCUCUAAUAGGUUUAUACCCUAUGUACAACAAGCCUUAAAGGGAUAUUCCGGCGUAAAAUUAACGUAGGGUCAAACACACCGUAAAACCGAGUUAGACACCCCCUCAGAGAUAAAUGUUGCCGACCGCUUGCUUCUGUAGUUCUACCAGUUUUAGUAACGACCGCACGAUAGCAAUACACAGCAGUCUGAGGAGCCAUAAACAAACCUCAAUAAAAAUACCACUCUAAAGCCACAAAUAAUGCUCAGAACAGCACCUAACUUCAUCAACAGUAUAUAUAGGGUCCUAGCCAUAGCACUAGCCACCAAACAUCUUUUUAGCUUAGCCUGAUUUCUUUAGCAAAGAGACUAAACACAACUCACCCACUGUCCUCCAGCAGCCGCUUGUUUGUAUGGAGACCUCAGACUAGUCCAUUACAGACUGCAGCUCAAGGAAGAACAUUAAUGAUUACUAAUCAUUUUCUUGAAGUAAUAAUCACCAUAUUAAUCAUUUUUCACUGCAGACGCGGUAGUUCUUCUGCCUUAGCGUCUCGGUCUGAUUGCAUUUUCAUGAAGAAAUGAUCAUAAAUGUUCUUCCUUGAGCUGCGAAACUCCGCUGCACUAGGUGAUGGACUCUCCAAGCUCUCCCUACAAACAAGCAGCUGCUGGAGGAGAGUGGGCGAGUUGUGUUUACUCUCUUUGCUAAAGAAAUCAGGCAAAGUUUAAAAGAUGUUUGGUGGCUAGUACUAUGGCUGCGACCCUAUAUGUACUGUUGAUGAAGUUAGGUGCUGUUCUGAGCAUUAUUUGUGGCUAUAAAGUGGUGUUUUGGUUGAGCAAGUGGCUACUGAGAUCACGGUGUAUUGCUAUCAUGCGGUAGUUACGAAAGUUGGUAUAACUAGGGAAGCAAGCGGUCGGCAACAUUUAUCUCUCGACCAGGUGUCUAACUCAGUGUUACGGUGUGUUUGACCCUAAGUUAAUUUUAUGCCAGAAUAUCCUGUUAAAGUUGAAAAACGACCUAUGGUAAUGUUUCUCUGCUCGACAUUCAGAUACUGUAUCAGCACGGUUCCCUGUUUUAUUGAGAUAUGUAUUGUAUUUAUCCUUGGUCCGUAAGUCCCAACUAACAAAAGCAGAUUAUAGCUUCCAAUAUAAAAACAUAUAAACAUACUUAGUGAUUUUAGGGUGUGUCACCAAAGAAGUUAGAAUUAUUCAGCAGAAGUCAAUGUUUACUAUGACUAAGGCUAAAAAACAUCUUAUUUUCCUCAAUGAAUCUGUCACUACAGUCUCCUUUAUCAGAGAUUCGUCCUCUGAUGAAAGCUAAAAGGAAAAAGGUGAGCAGGCCUCUGCCCAAGGUUUCAACCUGCCUGAGUCUGGACAACUUCCUUGAGUGAAGUCAUACCACUGUGAAUCCUGACGCACAGUCAAAGGUCAGAUCCCUGCUUGCAAUGUAGCAAGUCGACGCUGCUGUGGCACCGUUUUCCAGUCUAGCAGUGUUUCCGUUUCACCUCUAAAGAAGGACUUCAUGAUUUAACUUCCUUUCAAAAGCAGUGAGACAAACCUGUGGACUGAGGCUGAGCUUUGAGCCAGUUGGCAAACUUGCCGUGUAUAUUUUUUUAAAUAUUUGUUGCUGUGAAUAUUUUUUUCUAGUAAUGACUUAAAUUUAUGUUCUUGUACAUGUGGACAACCUCUUGAUCACCGUUUUAUUGUAUUAUUUUGAGAGUACGACAGUUCAGCACUCUGUGUUGUAACUUCAGAUCAUUGCUGCUUUAGGU